AUGGGUCUUUCCGAGAUGGUACCGUCCUUCGACACAGAACUGGUCUCGAGCAACGACUUUCUACGCAUAUACUUGGAAGAGCUGGAAACAUUUCAGCAUCUUUAUGACCUGCCGCUCAACUCGACUGAUGAAGAGGAAGGUUCAAGUUCGAACAACAAUAAAGGAGGCUUACCGACACUCGAUCCGUGUCCUUACCCCGAGCUAAUGCGAAUCUUCAUGUUUGUUCGGCUAGCAUACGGAGCAGCCCUGCGACUAUCCGUUCUUUUGCGGCAGUACAUGGAUGACUCAGAAUGGUUUGAAGACCAUGGUCAGAAAACUCCCCCAAUGAGUCGGGACGAAUUCUUUCGACAAUGGUCCAACAAAGACACAGAUUUGAGUGCUGAUAAGGAACUUCUGUAUAUCCACAGCCUACUCGCCUUCGUGCAAAGUCAGGAGCCUCUUAUAGCAGAUGAGAUGAAAAGAUUCGCUGCUCUACAUCCGGACAGUGUUGCCAACUGGGAUCGCGUCAAUCGUCCUAGUAUUGAUCUCGACGCCAUGGCGUAUAUAAUGCAAAAGGCGGACGAAAUGCCCGAGGUUAUCAACAGACGAUUGCACGGAUACAUCGGCCAAGAAGUAUAUCUGUUCCCAGCCCUGGACGAAUCGAUCGACUGA